AUGUUGAUCCACGUAAGCUUCCUUGUGAUAUUCAUGUUAAGCUGGAUCGAGCCUGCACACGAACAAGCUGUUCAUCCGUUUCUUUACUUUUCAUCCCAAGAUGUCCAUCGUUUACGAGAGAAAGCCAAAACGACCCAUCGCGAUAUAUUUGUUCGCUUGAGAACAGCAGCUCGUAGAAUGAGAGCUGAACCAUCGCGCUUUCUUCCACCAACCAACUGGAGCGUGUUUGCCAGUAGAUGGAACGAAGAUCAUGGCAAUAACUUUGCGGCCUUAGCCAUGUACGUUGUUUUAAACCCCACGGACGUCCAAGCAAGGAACGUAGCAAUGCAGUUCUUUAAUGCAUUUGUCUCUUUGCCUAACUGGCGUGUCAGUGCUUCAAUAAGGGAUGACGUCCCUGUGGCACACAGCUUGGUUGUUAUGGCAACCGCUUACGAUUUUCUUUUCGAACACUUGAAGGAAGACCUUCGAAUAAAAGCCCUUGCAAAGAUUUCAGAUGUCACAAAAGAAGUUUACGAGAGAUCUUCCAAACUCGCUUGGGGAAAACAGUACAUUCAGAAUCAUGUUGCUACUAAUUACGUUGCACUUUUUACAGGUGCAUUAGUGGUCGAACCCCACAUCAAAGAAGCGAAAGUUUGGAAAGAAAGAGCUAAUUUUAUGCUGAGGAGAACCAUGUUUCUUCUUGAUCAAAUCGUCGAUGGGUCUAUGGAAGAGGGCGUGGCUUAUGGCUCAUACACCACGCGAUCACUGACUCAGUAUAUUUUCUUGGCUAAGAGACAUCUCGGAACUGAUUUGACAAACAACAUCUGGUUGCGAGAACACUUUUGGUUCUUAUACCACACAAUUCUUCCAAGUUUUACAGAAACUGUUGGUAUUGCCGACUCAAACAAAAACUGGUUUUACGGACCCGAAAGCCAGCUUGUUUUCUUAGAUAGUCACGUUAUUCGAAAUGGGUAUGGCAACUGGCUUGCCAAAAAAAUCCGCAUGUUACGUGUUGAGAAUUCUACAAUGGAAGGAGCCUUCGCGCAACGUUUUUGCACACUUCACACGGAGUUUAUUUUCUAUAAUGCAAGCAUUCCAGAAAAGGAACCUCCUAAUACUUCAACUCCUCAACUUCAUGUUUUUGACGACUGGGGUGUUGUGACCUAUGGAGGCGGAUCUUUGGGAAAAGGCCGCGAAAAAAUUACAUUUCUUUCUUUAAAAUCAAGCGUUUUGCACGGAAGAACCAUAAAUGGCAUUGUAAGACAUAAGCAAUAUGACUGGAUAUCAGGAUGGCGUAAUUUCAACCCAGGACAUGAACAUCCAGAUCAAGGUUCCUUUGUUUUUGUACCUUACGGUGUACCGUUCAUUACCGAGGCCCUUUAUGGACCCAAAUACACAUGGCUCAAUAACGCUCUGCUAUUUGGUCCCACGACGGAAACGACGUGUUCUGGGCCUUUUGAAGGACAAAUUGGCGACUGUGGCAAAUGGUUAGCUUUCAAAAACGAUGCAAUCUGGUUCGCUGAUGCGGAAAUUGUUGCUGCCUCGAAUACCAAAGAAAUAGUUUUUAUUAGUGGCGAGUUUAGUGGUUGGUACAGAUCUGAGUUGGCUCUCUCAAGUGUGUAUAGAUCUAUAGUCCUCUUAAAUCCUGGAGUUCUUUUGGUCAUUGAUCAUAUUGAGAAAACAUGGAAUAGCUCAACUCGAUACGCAGGGGCUUUUUUCCAUAAUCGACACUCUUCUUUUGAAGUGCAAGAAGACCAAACUGGAGAUCAGUUAGCUUCGAUAAUGUUAAACAACAAGACUCAUCUGGUUUUUUGGACAAACGCUCAUCAAGGGCAAAGCACCGUUCAAUCACAAAGCAGCGAAUGGGGGGCAGAAGUCGGUAAAAGGAAAACUCACUUCCUCAAUAUUACAACUAACUUAGCUGAGAGAAAGACGAGAAUAGCAUAUCUGUUUGUCGCUCCUGGGAAUUUGGCAACCAAACCGAAAUUGCAGGGAAAUAACAUCGGAGCUAAGGCAGUUGUAGAAAUUAAUGGGAUCUCGUAUACUGUAUCCAUCUCCACAGACUUUCAAAAACGCUGUGAAUUUCUAAGCUACGACGGCAUUGCAAGAAUGGACGUGGGAAAUAAGUCUCCAAUUAUUUUUAAAAGAAGAAAACGUCUGCAUUUUUCUGUCUUUGGAGAAAACUCUUGCAGGGCAAAUGUUUCAAAGAUGAGUUUUAUCAUUUUGUUUAUAUGGUCUACAGCGAUUGUUAUAUUACUGUUAGUGUUCUUAAAAUUAAAGUUCCCGUCGGGGGGUAUUUAAAUGCAACAAGCGCAUAUGUGGUCCACUGUUCAUUUUUGGCAUAAUAUUUAUGUCGAUUUUUAGAAUGUAA